AAAUCCGAAUUUUCAACUCCACCGUUUGUCCCGGGAAAGAACAGAACAAGAGAGAGUAAUAAAUAACAACGGCUUGUUAGACUUGUAGUUCAGCUUCAGCCCCACUCCACUCUCUCCACUCUCCACUCUCAACUCAUUCUUAGAUCUGUAACCGCUGAAGCUAUGCAUAACUAGCCAUAGCUUCUUCCAUUUUUCAAACAUGUCCAAUUCCGAUCCCAACCACCGCACUCCUUCACCGCCGGACCCAAACCCAAUGCCGCCUUCUUCAUGGGCCAAGAAAACCGGCUUCAGGCCCAAAUUCUCCGGCGAGACCAAUGCCGCCGAUUCAGGUCCCAUUACCACGCCCAAGCCCAAGCCCAGGGAGCCCGACCCCAACCUCGAUCUCGAGGCCGGUCGCGUUACGCCUCCGCCAACCGCCAACGGCGACAAGGCUCUUCCUCCUCCGAAGAAGCGGAGAGACUCCGACGGCGUUCCCAAGACCUCGAUUCUCAGCACCAACGGACAGGCGCCGCCGCCGCCGCCACGGAGAACGGAGAGGCACGAGGAAGUGGUGGACGGCGACGGUUUUGUGUCGCGGCACUCGCAUAUGAAGUACGACCUCAGAGAUUCACCUGGUCUAGUUCCUAUUGGCGUGUACGGUAUUCAGCAGUAUCUUUCGAUAUUAGGUUCGUUGGUUCUGAUUCCGCUUGUGAUUGUUCCGGCCAUGGGAGGCACUCAUGAGGAUACUUCUAUGGUGGUAUCGACCGUGCUCUUUGUCUCGGGGGUGACUACUCUCUUGCAUAUUGCUUUUGGCUCCAGGUUGCCCUUGAUUCAGGGCCCUUCUUUUGUUUACCUCGCACCCGCGCUCGCCAUAAUCAACUCCCCGGAGUUUCAAGCACUGAAUGGAAAUAAAUUCAAGCAUAUAAUGAAGGAGCUCCAGGGGGCUAUAAUUAUUGGAUCAGCUUUUCAAGCUUUACUUGGAUAUACUGGACUUAUGUCGCUGUUAGUAAGGUUGAUCAAUCCUGUAGUUGUAUCCCCAACUAUUGCUGCAGUUGGACUUUCAUUCUACAGUUAUGGUUUCCCAUUAGUCGGUACAUGUAUUGAGAUUGGUGCAGUACAGAUAUUAGUGGUUAUUGUUUUUUCUCUUUAUCUUCGUAAGAUAUCUGUUCUUGGACAUCGCAUAUUUCUAAUAUAUGCGGUUCCUCUGGGUCUGGCAAUUACAUGGGCAUUUGCUUUCUUGCUGACUGAAGCAGGAGCUUACAGCUACAAAGGGUGUGAUACAAAUAUACCUGCCUCAAAUAUGGUUUCAGAGCACUGCAGAAAGCAUUUUUCAAGGAUGAGGCACUGUCGGGUCGAUACUUCUCAAGCAUUGAAAUCCUCUCCGUGGUUUAGGUUUCCUUAUCCACUACAAUGGGGUACUCCUGUCUUCCACUGGAAAAUGGCUCUUGUAAUGUGUGUGGUUUCCUUAAUCUCAUCUGUAGAUUCGGUUGGCUCAUACCAUGCAUCUUCAUUAUUGGUAGCAUCCAGACCGCCAACUCCUGGAGUUCUUAGUCGAGGAAUCGGUUUGGAAGGUCUUUCUAGUGUCUUGGCUGGUCUUUGGGGAACUGGAACUGGUUCUACAACAUUAACUGAAAAUGUUCACACAAUUGCUGUGACUAAAAUGGGAAGCCGCCGGGCAGUUCAACUAGGUGCCUGCUUUCUGAUAGUUUUGUCUCUUGUGGGUAAGGUUGGAGGAUUCAUUGCUUCAAUUCCUGAAGUCAUGGUUGCUGGUCUCCUCUGCUUUAUGUGGGCAAUGCUCACCGCAUUGGGCUUGUCAAAUCUACGCUACAGUGAGGCUGGAAGCUCUCGCAAUAUCAUCAUUGUUGGGUUAUCAUUGUUUUUCUCUCUUUCCAUACCUGCAUACUUUCAACAAUAUGGUCUCUCUCCCAAUUCCAACUUGUCAGUGCCAAGUUAUUUUCAGCCCUACAUUGUGGCUUCUCAUGGGCCUUUCCACAGCAAAUAUGCAGGGUUGAACUAUGUCUUGAACACACUUUUUUCACUACACAUGGUGAUAGCGUUUCUCGUCGCUGUUAUCCUGGAUAACACCGUACCUGGCAGCAAGCAGGAACGUGGGGUAUAUGUUUGGUCUGAAGCCGAGGUUGCCAGAAGAGAACCUGCUGUUGCUAAUGACUAUGGAUUGCCCUUGGGGGUUGGUCGGAUUUUCAGAUGGGUGAAGUGGGUUGGCCUGUAGAAGACAGGUUUCUUUGGUUCACAUAUUCACUUUAUUAAAUGCUCUCAACCACUGAAGGGGCAGUGUAAAGAUUCAAUUGUCUUGGAUGGACUCAAUGAUGGAGAGUAAUAAUAGGUCAAUUUGUAUACAUUGGGGAUUUUUAGGGGUCUAUUUGUGUUGUGAUUAGAUUAACCUUGUAGCUAGUUUUGAUUCAUUUGAAAUCUGCAGGUGUUUUUUUUUUUUUUUUUUUU